AUGACAGCUGCUGCUGCGAAGCAGCCGACUGCUGCUCCGGCGGCAGCUGCUGCUGUUUCAGGGCCAGGGCUGGCAGCAGGAUCAGCCACAAGGCCAGCAGCAGCAGGGGGACUCGCAGCUGCUUCUCGCCACAAAGAUGCAGCAGCAGAUGCGAGUUUCCAGUCUCUGUCAGCUGCCGAGUUCCACCGCUACGUCCUGGUGAAGCCCGUGAGCAGCAGCAGCAGCAGCAGCGGCGGCCAAGAUGGAGGUGUAGACAGAAGCAUUUUGGUGGAUCCUUACAGACAGUGCGACCUGCAGGCCACGGAACAAAACUUCGCGCAGCUGCUGGCCAGAAGGCUGGAGGCCUGGCGGCAGCAGUGCCUCCAGUUUGUCCCCAUGGCGUUGCAGGAGAGAGGCCUUGAGGGGCCCCCUGGGGCCCCCUGUGGGGAAGGCCCUGGGGGGCCCAGUUGCUGCUGCUGCUGCUGCGUCCGUGCAGUUGACUUGAAUGUAAUAUUUGUGUCGGUCUCCCCGGAGACAGAAAGUGCUCUUGUUUCUUUUUUCUUUGAGUUUGUCUACUGCGUGUGUUGGGGGCUGCUGCACCCUACUGCUGCUGCUGCUUUCCUGCAGCAGCAGCUGCUGCCCCGCGCGCUGCUGCACCUGCUGCAGCUGCUGGAGGACGUGCGCCAGUGCGCAAGGAGGGCGCAAGCCCAGCAGCAGGAAGCUGCAGCAGCAGCAGCUGCUGCUGCAGAAGCUGCUGCAGCAGCGAAUGACAAGGUCAAGCCCGAGGACUGCAGUGCAGUCGCAGCAGCAGCAGCAACAGACGCUGGGGAAGCAGAAAAGCGGCUCGCGGACGAGUCGUCUUCUCUAGCUGCUGCAACGCAAGCAGCAGCAAACGACGCAGCAGCAGCAGCAAAGGAAACACCAUCGGGGGACUUAAAAAGCCCAAAGAAGGAGACAGAGCCCGCCAGCACUUGCAUUACUUUUGCUUCUUGCUUCAGGGGGCCCCCCUCCCCCGCAACUCUUAACGUUUCAAGAGCGGCGGCCUUCAUGGCCCACAUUCUGGGGCCCCCCGGCUUGGGGGCCCCCCACAAGGGCCCCUACGGGCUGCAGGAGGCGCUGGGGGCAUCCGACAGCAGCAGCAGCAGCAGCAGCAGCAGCAGACUCGCGGGGGGAGCUCUGCCUCAGCCGUUUUUGGCAAUGCUGCUAGACGGGGUCACGCAGUGCGCAGAGAUGCUGGGCGGAAACGGAGGAGGCCCCAGCUCAAGGAAGGCCCGAGCGACACUCGCAGCUUUCCUGCGCCAGCUGGAGCUGCAGGGGCUGGCGACUUCUCAGGACAUCUGCGGGAUCGUCUCCAGUUCCCGGCUGGACGAGAUGCAGUGGUCGCGUUUGGCUUCUGGGGGCCCCUCUGGGGGGCCCCCUGGGGGCCCCCGGGGGACUCGAAGGGUCAACGAGCUGCUGGUCAAGGAGAGGACUAAACGCAAAUUCACGCUGACUGUCCAUAACUCCACCAGAGAGCACAUUGCGUUGUAUGCGAGGAUGCAUGCGCUGCUGCUGCAGUUCGUUAGCCACCCGGAGAGGCUGGGUGCGGCUGUGGCCGCGGAGGCCUACAAGUCCAUCAUCAGCAGCGGCAGUUUGUGUCCCUCUCGUUCUCUCUCUUUGCUUCUGGGGGUCUACGAGGAUUUCCUGUGGGCCCCCAACCAGCUGCUGCCUCUCGUGCGGCUCUAUGCGGGCCCGAAAGUGCGAGAGGUGGUGGGCUUUACGCUGCACAUGUACGCAGACGCACGGGUGCACUUCAAGCAACAGCAGCAGCAGCAGCAGCAGAUGUGGGGCACUGGCGGCGGUAGUAGCGGCAAGAGACAUGACCCACUGCGGACGGUCGAGGCCGAGAUGGGAUCUUUAAGGACUUCGUUACUGAGCAGCACCGCAGAGGGGCCUCCGAAGGAGUUUUUUGAUCUGUUGGCUGUGCUGAUUAUGAGGGGACUGCUCUCGCUGGAGGAACUGUACCCUUACCUGCUGCCCUCCGACGCCUCUCUCGCGCUGCUGGCCGAUCGCUUGGCGCUUCGCUACCGCCAGGCCCUCUCACUGGCGAAGGCAGGGACCCUCCAGCCACCGCCGAAGCAGUCGCCCCCACCAGCAGCAGCACCACCAGCAGCAGUAGCAUCAGCAGCAGCAGCUGAAGCCGCUUCUGGGGCAGACUCGUCUCCGCAGCAGCAGCCAUCCAGCUCUCAGGGAUUUGCGCCAUCGGGGCCAUUCGGGCAGGGCGGCCCUGGAGCGAUGCAGUUUGGGGGCCCCUACGGGGCUUCCCCUGCCUGGGGCAAUUCCCCAGGUAGAGGUGGACGAGAUGACUGGAGGCAGCAGCAGCAGCAGCAGCAACAGCAGCAGCAGCAUGCAAGGGACAGCCCUGUAAAUUCAUCUGCUGCAGCGGCAGGUGCAGCAAAUGAAGCAGCUGUUGCCGCCGCAUUGCCCCCAAAGGUGGAGCACCUUCUCCAGGAUGCUGAAAACACCUACAGGGCGUCUCGGGACUUUGUGUAUCGUUUGCGUGUUCCGAAAUUGGAGCUGUUGGCGUCUCUGUUGGAUUUCAAUGCUUUCGAGUCCGCCCAAGUUUUGCUGCUGCACUUCGCUGGGAAGCUGCGGCUGCUGCCUACAGUCAACUCCCGGGUGCACAAGAGCCUCGUUCAAUACGUCAGCUGGCUAAUUCGCCCCAUCUUAAAAGGGCCAGAGGCCUCCUUGCGGGAGAUGCUGGAUGCGUAUGCAAAGGCCCGAGGGGCCCCGUCUGGGGACGGAGCAGAUGGGGCCUACAAGGACCCCCUUGACGAGAAAGUGCCUUCUGGAGAGGCCCUUGAGGCCCUGCGAAGGGCUGCAGCAGAUGAAAACAACUUCAGCCCCGCCCGCCUCCCACGUGUGUGGCUAGGUUUGCUGCUGCCUUCGCUGUCUGCCCCUACGCAGGCAGCAGCAAGAGCUGAAGCCGCAGCGCCAACUGCAGCAGCAGCAGCAGCAGAAGCAGGAGCAGCUGGGUUCAGGGCUCAGGGCCAGUUUCAGUGCACCUCAUUUGACGAUUUCUUCACUAAAGCAGUCCCGCUGCUGCGCGUGCUGCAUGCGUCCCUGGCGUUUGCUCCCCGCCUUCUGCUGGGGGUGUUGGGCAUCUGCAAGGAGUUUGCUGCUUCGGUAAAGGCCGGCAAGGAGCCCCAAGACUGGCGCUACGAACAGCUGGCUGUAUUUAUGGCGGAGACGAUAUUUCCGGCUGUUUCGCAAGUGCUUCAUGGGGCCCCCACUAUCAACGCGCUGCUGUGGUCAGCCCUUAAGGAGUUGCCGCCCCACAGACGCUACCAGAUAUACGACAGAGUCAUGCAGCUGUGGGAGAACGAGCAGUGCCCCUUGGCGUUGAACUACGAAGUGGCUAGGCUAAAGCUGCGCAAGCUGCUGAAGCGUUUGACUUCUACGAUAUUUUCGACUAAGGCAAAAGACAGCGACAAAGGCAUUUUAGCAGAAAUUGCGGCUCUUUCCCUCAGUGCCCCUCUGCCCUUGGCUGAGAUCGCCAUCACCCAGGGAGACUUGUUUGACGAAAACAUGGUGCAAACCCUGACGGAGGCCACGCGCCGGGUCUCAGCCGUGGCAGCAGACGUCCUGGCCUCACGUUUAAUCCAGCGGCAGCUGCGGCGCCGAGACGAAGGCGGCGAGGGCGAGGGUUUGGGGGUGUCUCGGAAGCUGCUUAACAGGGCGGCCAUGGCUGGCCGCUUCUUCAGGAUCCACAAAGACACCGACCUGCGGCCCCUGCUGGUCUCCACAGUGACGCGCAUGUGGUGCGAAUUGCACGUACGAGACGUGAAGCACUUUCGCAGCGAGCGGGAGGAGCUGGAUGAGGAGGGGGCCCCCAUGGCGGUGGACGCAGAGGGGCCCCCCGGCGGCGCUCCCCAGGGCCCCUCUGUCUCCGUCGUUAUAGCUGGCAAAAACAGAGACUAUCCUCACCGCCUGGCGGGAUUCAUCAGAGACAAGGAAUACGUAGAAAGGCUUCUGGAGCUCGUCGGCGGCUGCCCCAGACUUCCAGAGGCUGGGGCCCUAACGGCAGACCAGAUCUACGCACAGGCAGGAGGCCCUCUGCUGAAGGCGGAGGUGAUGCUGGCUAGCGGAGAGGAGGACUUGGCGGUGGAUCUGCGAGCGCAGCAGCUGCUGUGCGAGGCCCUGGGGGACCCGCGGCUGCUGCUGCCGCUGCUGCUGAUUCCCGCCAAGGUUCGAACUGAGGUGCUCUACGACUCGGAGUUCAGGCAGUCCAUGAUGGUGUUUGCUGCCACUGUAGACGAUCUGCACAAGUACCACUUGCAGCUCCUCGAGUACCUCCGCCGCUCCUUUUCCAGAGAGGCUUACCAGGCUGUGCUGCCGCCCCCCAAAACCCUCUUUGCUUUUCUGUGCCCGGCGAUGGCCUGGAGCUUCCUCAGGCCUGCGCUCCCAGACUUUCUCAGGGCCAAACCAGACCCCGGAAGCAGCAGCAGCGGCGCUGCCUGCAGCAGCACCAGCAGCAGCAAGAAGACGCCGUUGCCACAAGAUGAAUCGUCGCCGCAGACCCGCGCGGGCUCCCCUGCAUGCAACACGCCCCCAGCGAAAGAGGCAGCAGCAGCAACGCCUGCUGCGCCUGCUGCAGCUGCUGCUGAGGAUGAUGCUCAGAGCCCAGGAGCUGGCUGCAGCGUCUCUACAGCAAGCUCGCUGGAGCCUUCCUUCACAGGUUUGUUCUUCUGUCGGCUUAUAGCAACACCGGCAACACGAAUGCCGCCAGCAGCGGCAGCAGCAGAAGCAGCAGCAGCAACUGCAGCGGUGGCAGCAGCUGUAGGGAGGUGCUUGUUUGGGUAUGCAGAGAACUGGGGAGAGUGCAUGCUGCCGCUACUGAAGCCUUCUGGGAUCGACCCCCAGAAGCUGGACGGCAUGUCGGUGAAAUUCGUGCUGCUGUUCUGGCGGCUGUCUUUAGAGGACAUUUUGGUGCCCACAGAGCAGUACGAGGCCUCCAUCAGCAAGCUGCAAAACGCAUUAAACGACACGCAGAAAGCAAUUGAAGAGAUAGAACGUUACCGUCGGAACAUGGCCAGCAGCGGCAACAGCAGCAGCAGUAGCCGGGAGCCGACUGCAGCAAUGGUAGCCGCAGGGGCCGUGGACUAUAGCAGAAAGGAAGAAGAGGCCCUCAAGAAGAAACGGAUAAGACUCAAACAACACCGCAGGGCUCUUGAGCAAGAGUUCAACAGCCACAAGGCAAGGCAGGCGGCCGUGCGCGCGGCGCUGCAGGAGGAAAGUCGCACGUGGCUGCUGCCAGCCAAGCAGCAGCAGCAGCAGCAAGCGCAGCAGGUGCUGCUGCAUGCAGAGAGCUGUGACUCCGACGGGGCCUCUUCAGUGCUCACCAUGAGCCGCCGCAGCAGCACUACCGAAGACAGCUUGGUGCUGCCUCGAGAUACCCCCAAGCGGCUCUCAGGCGGUGGCAGCGAGGGCGUUGCUGUGCCCAAAGCCGGCGUUAAUGCUGCUGCAGGAGCAGCAGCACCCCAAGCAGCAACACCAACAGCUGCAGCAGUAGCAGGCGGCUCCAAAAGGGGACCCUUCACAAUCCGUGCGAUUAUUAAGUACAUGUUGGCUCCUCGCGUCAUUAACUCUGAAGCUGACGCGCUCUUCUGCGCGCACUUUGUUUGGCUGCUUGUCAGCCUCCGCCUUCCUCUCUUCAACUUCCUCGAUUUCAUGAACAUUUGGACACGCAUGCUUGUGCCUCUCAUCAGGAGCAGUACUGAGCGGGAGGCGCAGAUGCUGGGCCUGUUUGUUGCGGAGAUUCUGUCCCCCUUGCGUCGCUGGCUGCAAGACAAAGAGGCAUUUGAGAAGGAGACGGAGGGCAACUGCUGCUUCGCGCUGACCUACAGAUUCGCAGACAACAAGGCCAAGCACUGCCACCUAGUGAAGGGGGCCAGGAAGUGGGAGGCCCGCAUACUGGACGGUCUCGUGCAGAAAAAGUUCGAGUGCCCCAAAGCCUGCACUAGUGCACUCGCCAUCUCCGCUAUUUCUUCUAAAUGCUGCACUCUUGAUCUCGCCAGUGGCUCUGCUGCUCCUGCGGACUUCUCUCUCUGUGCUGCUGUGUGGGCCUGUCUCGGCGGUUUGCCUCUGGCAGCAGCUGCUGCUUCAUCUCCCAACGACUCGGGCUGGCUGGAGACGAAGGCCGCGGUGGUCUUUUUGUCGCGGUGUCACUACAGCUUUCCGCUAACUUACAGGCGUGGGGUGGAGCUCAUGCGCCGCCUAGAAGAGGCUCUGACUGCAGCACAAGCCUGGAACUGGAAGGACGUUUCGCUCUCGGCUGGCAGCAUAGUGAAGGUGCUGGCGAAACACCAGCGGGAAGGGCGGUGGCUGGACCCCGUCCCUGCAGCAGCAGCAGCAGCAGCGGCGGCUGCAGCAGGGUCCGGUGCAGCAGCAGAAGAGAAGUCGAAAAGCAACGCGCUGUCGCAGCAGCAAACGACACCCGCAGGAAAGGAUAAAGCUGCGGCACUGCAGCAGCCAGGCGACAGCAGCAAAGCCACAGAAACCCCCAAACUUCAGCAGGGCCAUACUGCUGCAGCGUCGCCUUUCAGCGCGACAGCAUCAAGAGUAAAAAAUGCCUUAACUGGGCUGGCUGGAGAGCCUCAGGCCAAACGGGCCAAGACAGAAGCAGCAGCAGCACCAGCAGGAGCCAGCACUGCUAGCCCACCAGGACAAGCAGCACCUGCGGCAUCAGACAGCUCUACGAGUAACAGCAGCACGAAAAACCCAGCUCACCCUGCUGCUGCUGCCACCCCUGCUGCUGCUGCCACCUCUGCAGGAGCCGCACCUGCUGUAUCAGCACCUGCUGCAGCAGCACCAGCUGCAGCGGCCGCGCCUGCUGCAGCAGCACCUGCUGCAGCACCUGCUGCUCUUCAGCCCCCAGCUGCCGCUCCUGCUGUUCCUCCUGCUGCAGCCCCCGUGCGAAGGAGCCCUCUUGGCCCUGAGGCUGUUUCUCUAAUGAAGGCGAGGAUGGCAGGGCUUGCUGGAGCUUCUCCUCCUUUGCCCAGCAGCGGCAGCACCAAGGGCAGCCGCAGCGGUAGCACAGUUGUAGGUUCGACGAUGCAGGAGUCAGGAGGACAGCCUAGCAACAGCAGCAGCAGCAACAGGCCGAGCAGCAGCAGCAAACCCCAAAGCAACAGCGGAGCAUCUCCGAGGCCCCUUCGCAAUGCCGACUCUACCUCGUCUGGAGGGCGUGGGGUCCCAUUCGGCAGCUACGCAUGUGCAGCUAACAGCAGCAGCAGCAACAGCAGCUGCAAGCCAGAAGGUCAAUCAGCACGUAGCCAUCGUGACGGCGGAAGCACUUCUAAAAGCAGUGACUCCGCUAGCGGGCGUCAGCAGGACGGAAGCAGCCGAAACAGCAGCAAAGCGGCUGCUUCUUCAGGGUCUGCAGCCACCGGCACGGCGGGGCCAAGCAGCAGCAGCAGCAACAGCAGCGGAAGAACGCAUGCUGGUGAUGGUGGGCACGGGUCCAGGAACCGAAGUGGCGCCCCCAGCAGCAGCGUCAGAGAUGGGGGUAGCAGCAGCAGACAGCAGCAGCAUAGGGGCAGCAGUAGCAGCAGCAGCAGCAGUCGUGAAGGGGAGAGCACUGCAUCCAGCAGCAGAAGCAACACCGCGAGGAGCAACCACAGCGGGAGCAUGCGCAGCAGCAACAGCAGCAGCAGCUCUUCUGGAGACACAAGGCCCUCUUCUUCAAGCAGCAACAGCAGCAAUAGCAGCAGCAGCAACAGCAGCAGCAGGGAUAGCAAUCGUCCGCGCACUCAUAGUUCGUCCAGCUCCCGCAACAGCAGCAGCAGCAGCGGUGUGACGAAGCCUAGAGUGGCGCCCAAAGCACCCCCGCCAAUUGUAGCGCCUCGUGGGGUCAGCAGCAAAUCAGGUGUUUCUGCUGCUGCUCCUGUUGCCACGAUGCCCUCUGGUUCGACUCACCAGGGCCCUCAAUCUGCUGCACCUACUGCUGCCAAGAACAGCAGCAACAGCAGCAACAGCAGCAGCACCAUCAGCGGCACUGACGCCUUCGGUCCAGGAUCCUCGGCCCGGUCCCAUGGAGGAGCUGAAGGAACUUCGGGGGGCUCUGCCUUCGGCAGCUGGCCCAACAAGAGAGAAGGAGAUACUGCAGAGGGAGACGAAGAUAGGAAGCGACAGCGCACUGCGGACGCUGCGGAGGGCCACAGCAGCAGCAGCAGCAGCAGCGGCAGCAGCAGUAGCAGCAGCAGGAGCUCGGGCUCACGCAACAAGAUCAAGAAGCCACCAGUUCCUGCUCCUAUGUCUGGGGGUGUCCCCGCCGUCCCCCCUUCUAAUGCAGCAGCAGCCGUGCCAGCAGGAGCUGCAGGUGCUGCUGCGUCCAGUGCAGCUGCUGCUGGAUCUGCUGCAGACGGCAGCACGCCGCAGCCGCGCAAUGCGCUGUUCGCGCAGCAAAGCGAACAAAGACACAGCCGGAACUAG